CGACUCCGGCCCCGCUCCCCCGGUGGGCCUCGGCUCCGCCCGCCGCCCGUGCAGCCGCAAUCGCGUCCCCCGGCAACACUGCGCGCCCCGCGCGGUCCGCCCGCCGCUGCCCGGCACCGCCACCACCGGGUCCCGCGGAGGCGCCCGGCGCCGGCCCGCUGGCGGAGCGGCUGAGCGGCCUCGCAUGGCAGCGAUGCCCGCCUCCGACGCCGUGUUGCAGCCGUCCCCCAGCAAGAGGCAAAAAGGCUCGGUGCCCGAGGAGCCCACCGCGCUGCUCCGCUUCACUAAGCUCUCCGAGAACGCCUUCGCCCCCUCCAAGGGCUCUGCUCGGGCUGCAGGCUACGAUCUGUACAGUGCCUAUGACUGUGUGAUACCACCCAUGGAAAAGGCUGUCGUGAAAACAGACAUUCAAAUUGCACUUCCUGCAGGAUGCUAUGGCCGAGUAGCACCGCGUUCUGGUUUAGCAGCAAAGCACUUCAUAGAUGUUGGUGCUGGUGUUAUUGAUGAGGAUUACAGGGGAAAUGUUGGUGUGGUACUCUUCAACUUUGGCAAGGAUACUUUUGAAGUUAAAAAAGGGGAUAGGAUUGCCCAGCUCAUCUGUGAACGCAUUUGUUAUCCUGAGCUAGAAGAAGUAGAAGCUCUAGAUGAUACAGAACGUGGCGAAGGUGGCUUUGGUUCUACUGGAAAGAACUGAAAAUUAUUUGAAUAUGCUUUUUUGUUGUUGUUUUGCUAUUUCUAAAUUUUCAUUAGAAGGGGGAUUUUAGAAGACAUGAGAAAAAACUGCAAGUUUUAUUCAGUUUUCUGUAUCUGUCCUCCUUUCUCUUUUUACAGGCAACGACUUCAUCUGCAUUAUGGGCAAAAGUACAUGACUGAUUUCAUUGAUUAGUUGAUGGAUUAUUUUUGCUUUUUAGAUGUUCAGCCCGCAGGAAUAAGAACUCACUGUUUAUGUGCUGAUUAUACUCUAAUAAAUUUAAAAGUAACUUAA